GUGGCUUAUUGCCGUCAUGUUCUGAUGAGCGGCUACGAUUCAUUUGUAUUCUUACCAAGUUUAACAUCACGUCACCAAACAGCGUCGCCUGUUAGAGAUGUCUGGACGUGUGUGCGCCAGUGUCCUUCACAGAGCUUCAAGCUACACGUUGACACUUUCCAGCCACAUCGCUCCACAGACUCGACCAGCCCGCCAAUGUCACUCCUCCUGGGCUUCCUGCAGAUCAGACAAGUGGCGCCUCACUGCUGAGGACCCGGGGAGUUGUCGGCGGCAUCUCUCAACUCGUCACAAUCUCGACUUCCAUCUGAGCAGGGUUCAAGUCAACAGUAUUCUGCGAUCUAAUGAGCAGGAGAUCGUGAAUUUGCAAGAAUUUGAUGGCAGGGGACUCAGUGCUGUCAGAAAGUUUGAGAGCAACCAGCUGGCUGCUAACACACCCAAUGAGGACCGUCGCAGUGCAGCCACCUGCUUACAGUCAAAGGGCAUGCUCUUUGGAGUGUUUGAUGGCCAUGGGGGCUGGCCGUGUGCCCAGGCUGUGGGUGAGCGUCUGCUGUACUACACUGCAGUUGCAAUGAUGUCAAAGCAGAGGCUCAGGGAGCUUGAGACAUGCAUGGAGGAUGGCAGAGCUGUUCCUCCCAUCUUGCAGUGGUACAAACACCAUUCAGACUUUAACUAUCGUGAAUCUGCUUCCCUCUACAUUGACCGCCUCAGAGUGUUCUGGCAAGAAUUACUGGACAGUGAGGAACACGUUGAAGGCAUGAGUCCUAUGGAUGCUCUGGACUGCUCUUUUAAACGACUCGACGCUGACAUCUCCUUGGAGGCUCAAGUCCCUCUUUACAAUGACCUGAUGAAAAGCACAGCCAUCCAGGUGGCGUUUGCUGGAUCCACGGCCUGUGUGGCUCAUGUUUGCACGGACAGGAUCCAUGUGGCGAAUGCCGGUGAUUGCAGAGCAGUAUUAGGGGUGCUGGAGGAGGAUGGAUCUUGGAGUGCUUUGCCUCUUUCCCAGGACCACAACACACAGAACCAGGCUGAAGUGGAACGGAUCAAGAACCAGCACCCGACCUCCGAGAGACACACAGUGGUGACAGAUGACAGACUGCUUGGGGUUUUGAUGCCAUUGCGUGGGUUUGGUGACGUACGAUUCAAGUGGAGCCUUGAGUUGCAGCAGAGCAUUCUAGCCAACCUGGAAUCUGGAGUGGACCUGGACUCUCUCAACCUGUACCAGUACACUCCGCCGAACUACUUAACUCCACCCUAUCUGGAUGUGGUACCCGAGAUAACUCAUCACAAGCUGAGACCCCAGGACCGCUUCCUGAUCCUCGGCACUGACGGGCUGUGGGAUGAACUCGGGAACGAGGAGGCUGUGCGACUUGUUGGAGAGCACCUGAGUGGGAGUCACCCUCAGGCUCCUGUUUCUCCAUCUGAGAGGCAAAUGAAAUUAGGUUGGAUACAUAAACUCUUGCUGAAACGCAGGGCCCGUGUCUCCCCUGCUUUAGACAGCAACGCCGCCACACACCUCAUCAGACAUGCUCUCGGCACUGGGGAGCAUGGAGAACUGAGCCAGGAGAGACUGGCCACGAUGCUCGCCUUACCACAGGACCUAGCUCGAAUGUACAGGGAUGAUAUCACAGCUACUGUAGUGUAUCUGAACUCUGACCUGGGCAGACCGUAACACUGCUAACAAAAGGUUUUCUAUAAUGCUGGUCAAAGACUUUUUUUUGAAUCAAAAUGUUCCCUAUUCUGUUAUUUUCUGGAUAUUUAUGGACAGAAAGGAUGAUCAUUACAACCUGUUACAUACAUUGGCUAUGUGGCUAAAUACAUUUGAUCCUUAAGUAUAUUUAUAUUGGACAUUGUAUAUACCUCACCUGAGUUCUAUGUUAAAAGUGGUAAUGUGUGCAGUAAGUAUAACGUUACAGAAUAAAGCACUCUCUCACUUUG